GCGAGAUAUAAUUAUGAAGACUACAUAUAUGAAUUAAAACAAAAAUUACAAGAAACGUACAAGACAGCCAGAGAUAAUAUAAUAAAUAGCAAGGAAAAAUCAAAAGGAAAAUACGAUCAGGGACAGCAACAAAUACAUAUAGAAGUUGAUGAUCAAGUUUGGGUGAAGAACCACCAACAAAAGAGAAAAUUAGGACCUAAGUGGGUUGGUCUUUACAGUGUGAUACAGUUACACGGCAAUGAAAAUAUUACCAUCCAACGAGGUAGAAAGGAAAUUAAAUUACAUAAAAACGAGGUUAAACUCGCAACUAACACGUAAUAUUUAAAUACCAGAUAAUACAGAUUUUUGUGUAUACAAACAACUAUUUAUCCGAUUUAUUAUUCGUACAUAAUAUAUAGAUUUAUUAUUUUUUUUUUAUUCUCUCAGAAUAAUAUUUGGAAAAACAAAAGCGAAUCAAUUCAACAUAACCCCUAUAUACAACCCAUCAGGGAUAAUAACCUACGUGUACUUAUCCAAUUUAUUAUUCGUACAUAAUAUAUAAAUUUGUUUUUUUUCUCUUCUCUUCAUUUCUUCUAUUUGUUCUCUUUCAAAUUAUUUCGGUAUUUCUUUUUUCAGAAUUAUAUUUGGAAAAACAAAAGCAAAUCAAUUCAACAUAACCCCUAUAUACAACCCAUCAGGGAUAUAUUUCCACUCAAUUAAUAACCUACGUGUAGAUAAUUCAUUUUGGCGAUUCCUCACUUACGUUAAUAUAACUAAUUAUAAUGAAAAAUAUGGUAAAAUCGUUAAUAUGAUUAAGCAAAUAGGAGAAUCCUGUAAACUAAGUCAAUCCCUGGAAGUAACAUCUUUCCAACGUACUUGUGGUCAGUACAAACAUCAGACAAAUAGUUUUUUAACAGAAAUCAAUAAUAAUAUAGAACACAUAAUGAGAAUUAUAGAGUCCCCAAAAGACAACCAUCGUGAAAAGAGAGGUUUAAUAAAUGCAGUUGGCAGAUUAGCGAAUGUCUUAUUCGGAGUUUGCGACGAUGCCGACGCAGAGUAUUUCUAUGAUAGAAUAAAAGAUUUAGAAAAUUCGAAAUUACGGGUUUUGCAGUUAGUCGACACUCAAACCCAAAUUAUGCGAUCAAUAAUAGCAAAC